AUGGAGAAUGUUGCACUUCAACAGAAAUCUUACCAGACCAACAUUUUCGAGGGUUUCGAUGCCAGCAGAGCUGUGGAUGGGGGCUUGUCAUACUCCCUUUACAGUGGUUCAUGCACUCACACACAUAACACUGCAAAUGCCUACUGGGAGGUUGAUUUGGCGGAUAGGUUGAGAGAUGUAGAGCUAUAUGUCGGCCUGACGAAAAGCAAUUAUCAACGAUAUGGUUAUCACAAAGGAGUUGUUGGUUCAGAUUAUACGUUCCAGCUAGCAGAAUCCGUCAUUGGACAGUGGGUUCGGAUAACAAGAAUUCUGUCUGUAGUUGACUACCUGACACUUUGCGAGGUUCAGGUGUUUGCAUUCAAUGCUGCUAAGUCCAAACUAUCGAGAGAGAGUAAAGGGUAUACCAAUACUAAAGUCACGCAGAGGGACACUAACCAUAUUGAUAGUACAUCUAACGAUGACAGUAAAAUUUCUAGCAGUUGUGUUCAUUGUGCGGAACAGAUAAGGGUUGAAAAAGUGUCUCAGCUACAAAGUGGGCAACAUAUAGCAGUUCAGGGAAGAAAUUCCUUGCAUAUGAUGAAAAGGAGAAGAGAAAAGAAAUGA